AUGGGUCUACUUGCGUCACUUUUUCGAUGGCUACAAUUGAAACGCUAUCAAUAUGAGGUUACGUUCUCGUUGUACAUGUUAACUCCAACGGAGAAAUUUAUUUUCAACUCUUUUCUCUUCCUCUUCUUCAGCAUGAUUAUCAUCGCAGCAACACUUUAUCUUCCACACCACUUAGCCUUCGUUACUAAUCGCGCCUCUUUUUAUUAUAAUGGCCCUGAAAUCACCAAAGCCACUGUCCAUUCUCUGGUGGAAAGCUCUGACCUGACCUGA